AAGUGGGCUACAGACUCGAGGAGAGCACCUUAUCUUAUCUGAGAGAUAAGCAGUUGUGUAAGAGUCAGGUGACUAGUGGCCAGGCAGUCUUCUCGCAAGAUGGAGGGUCUGAGGUGUGCGUGCGUCCUGGCUAGCAUAUUGCUGAGUGUCGGGACGGCGGACCAUGCCCCGGCACUGGUGUGGGGCACGCACAAGGGCGACCCCCGAGGGCACCCGCCUGCCUUGGAGAGCGUGGCUCCGGAGAGGUUCCGUCGUCUCGUCGAGAACACGGCUGGCCACGGACAGAAGUCUCUGGUGAUCGCUUUCUUCGAGAAGAACUUGAGUCUAGAAGACUUCAGCUGGCGUGACUCGGACGACAAAAUAGCGUUCCCACGACUCCGGACUGCGUCGAGCUCUGCACCGUCUACGAGUUUCUUCCCCUCGGUGCAGGCCCCUCUGAAGGCCCUCCGGAGUCUACAGGAGGACGGCUAUGACGUCCACCACGUCGAUCUACAAACGCAAAACCACGAUGCUCUCAGAAUCCCACACGGUGAAAGGAGCCUUGUGAUUGUGGAGCUGGAUGACGCAAAAACAAACGAGGAUAGACCAGAUAUGCUGAGACGCCACGAUGACAUCAUCGGUAAGAUGUACUCCGAGUCUGUCCGGAGAGGUUCCCAAGUGACUGCCAUCUACACGGGCCAUCACCCGUCGUGGGUGGAAGCGGAAACUCCUCGCCAGCACAGGGUGAGGCGCCUGCUGGCGGAGGACGCCAACAACACAGUGUCCGGGACGCUGUGGAGGUCCAACGACAGCUCCGUGCUCUUCUACUCCAAGUCCAUCCCGUACGUGGAGCGCGGCGGGAUCAGAACGAACCUGUCGGCACCGCUGGAAGUGCUGUCCGUCGUCAACGACAGCCUGCAGACGGUGAAGAUCAGCUUCGCGGGAGACAUCAGCCUGCAGGUGGAGUUCCCGGUGUCGGGCGGCUACUGGAGCAUCGGCCCCGUAACCCUGGUGUCCGGGGGCAACGAGGCCUCGCUGAAGACGUACCCGGCCGUCGAGGCACCGCUCAACUUCUCGUACCACUGCAGCCAGAGCGUGGUGUUCUCCAGCGCGCCGGGCAACGCGUCCCUGGUGUUCGACAGCUUCCAGGUGCAGCCGUUCCUGGGCGAGCCCAGCUUCGGGGACACGUACGACUGCGUGUGGUUCUUCACGAGCGUCAUGUGGUCCGCCUUCUUCGUGACGCUGCUGCUGGGCUCCAUCCUGGUGUGGGGUCUCGGCAUGAUCCUCAACAUCAGGACCAUGGACCAGUUCGACGACCCCAAGGGCAAGACCAUCCAGGUGACCACCUCCGAGUGAGCGGGCCCCAGUUCCAGUCGACUAGCAGGACUGUGCGCUUCAUCUUUCACUGAAUGCAUUCCUAAGGUCGUAUAUUUGAGACAACACGGGGUGAAUUUUAGUUUUGUUUGGUAGUAAGUCCUGUUUUUUGUUUUAGAGUAAUUAGAUUUGUUGAUAGUAUAUUUAUUGAAAAUCAGUGUAUGCACCAACAAGAGAAAAGCUGAAGAAAAUAUUUUUGCCUAACUAUGGUGAAAGAAA